UCUCAAACCAUGAAUUAUGUGGGACAGCUGGCUGGGCAGGUGAUCGUCACUGUAAAGGAGCUCUACAAGGGCAUUAACCAAGCCACUUUGUCUGGGUGUAUCGACGUCAUUGUGGUGCGGCAGCAGGAUGGCACCUAUCAGUGUUCGCCUUUUCACGUUCGGUUUGGGAAGCUGGGAGUCCUGAGAUCUAAAGAGAAAGUGAUUGAUAUAGAAAUCAAUGGUGAUGCAGUGGAUCUUCACAUGAAAUUAGGUGACAAUGGAGAAGCUUUCUUUGUGGAGGAGACCGAAGAGGAAUAUGAAAAACUUCCUGCUUACCUUGCCACUUCACCAAUUCCUACUGAAGAUCAGUUCUUUAAAGAUAUUGACACCCUUUUGGCGAAAUCAGGUGGAAAUGAAAGAGCAUCUCAGAGUUCCAACAUAUCACACAUCUUGGAAACAGAGACAGUGUUCACUCCAAGUUCUGUGAAAAAGAAGAAACGAAGGAGAAAGAAAUGCAAACUGGACAGUAAGAAGGAAGAUCAGGCUGCUUCUCCUGCUGCAGAAGAUACCGUGGAUGUGGACCUGAGCUCUGACGAUGACAAGGGGGCCCAGUCAGUGAGAGGAUCUUCAAAUGCUUCCUUAAAGGAAGAAGAAUAUAAGGAGCCUCUGCUCUUCCACUCCGGAGAUCACUACCCCUUAUCUGACGGAGACUGGUCCCCUUUGGACAAUCCCUAUUCCCCAGCAGCGUGUCCUAAGAGUGAUUCAGAGCUGGAGGUAAAACCCGCCGAGAGCCUGCUCAGAUCCGAAUCCCACAUGGAGUGGACGUGGGGCGGGUUUCCAGAGUCCACCAAGAUCAACAAAAGAGAGAGAUCUGACCAUCAUCCUAGGACUGCUACAAUUACACCAUCAGAAAAUACCCAUUUUCGGGUAAUUCCCAGUGAGGACAACCUCAUAAGUGAAGUUGAGAAGGAUGCUGCCAUGGGAGAAAUGGUCUGCACCAUAGUGAAACCAAAACCCAGAGCCUUGUGUAAGCAGAUGAGCGAUGCAACUUCUGCUGCAGAUCUUCUCGAGCCUCCCUUUGAGCCGCCUCACAUUUCAUCUAUGUUAGAUACAGACUACCUUCCUAACCCAUCGUUAGUGGAGGCUCCCUCAGACUCAAAACCAGCAGCUAAAGUAGAUUCGCCAUCAAAGAAAAAAGGUGUCCACAAGAGAAGCCAGCACCAGGGACCUGAUGAUAUUUACCUAGAUGACUUAAAGGCUCUAGAACCUGAAGUUGCAGCUCUUUAUUUCCCUAAAAGCGAAUUGGACCCUACUUCCAGGCAGUGGCCUGAGUCUGAUACACUCUCUGGCUCCCAGUCCCCACAGUCUGUGGGAAGUGCAGCUGCUGAUAGCGGCACUGAGUGCCUCUCGGAUUCUGCCAUGGACUUGCCCGAUGUCACCCUCUCCCUUUGUGGGGGCCUCAGUGAGAACGGAGAAAUUUCUAAAGAAAAAUUCAUGGAGCAUAUCAUUACUUAUCAUGAAUUUGCAGAGAACCCUGGACUUAUAGACAAUCCUAACCUUGUAAUACGGAUAUAUAACCGUUACUAUAAUUGGGCUUUGGCUGCUCCCAUGAUUCUUAGCUUGCAAGUAUUCCAGAAGAGUUUGCCUAAGGCCACAGUUGAGUCCUGGGUCAAAGAUAAGAUGCCAAAGAAAUCUGGUCGCUGGUGGUUUUGGCGUAAGAGAGAAAGCAUGACCAAACAGCUGCCAGAGGCCAAAGAAGGGAAAUCCGAGGUGCCACCGACCUGUGACCUACCAUCAAGUGCAAAGGAGCCAGCCAGUGGCAGGCCAAUUGAGGAUGACUCAUCCAGUGACGAGGGGUCACAGGAGCUCGAAGAAUCAAUCAAAGUGGACGCUGUCCACAUGGAGCCCCCGAGCCACAGCAGCACAACCUCAUAUAAGAAAUCUCUUCGCCUUUCCUCAGACCAGAUCGCAAAACUGAAGCUCCAAGAUGGCCCAAAUGAUGUCGUGUUUAGUAUUACAACCCAGUAUCAAGGUACCUGCCGCUGUGCAGGGACCAUUUACCUGUGGAACUGGAAUGACAAGAUCGUCAUUUCUGACAUUGACGGGACAAUAACCAAGUCUGAUGCUUUGGGACAGAUUCUUCCACAGUUGGGUAAAGACUGGACUCAUCAGGGUAUCGCAAAGCUCUACCACUCCAUCAAUGAGAACGGCUACAAGUUUCUGUACUGCUCUGCCCGUGCCAUCGGCAUGGCUGACAUGACCCGUGGCUACCUGCACUGGGUCAAUGACAAGGGCACAAUCUUGCCCCGGGGCCCUCUGAUGUUGUCCCCUAGCAGCUUGUUCUCCGCCUUCCACAGGGAAGUGAUAGAAAAGAAACCAGAGAAAUUCAAAAUUGAGUGUCUCAAUGACAUCAGGAAUCUGUUUGCACCAUCUAAGCAGCCCUUCUAUGCUGCCUUUGGAAACCGUCCAAAUGAUGUCUAUGCUUAUACACAAGUUGGAGUUCCAGACUGUAGAAUAUUCACCGUGAACCCCAAGGGUGAAUUAAUACAAGAAAGGACCAAAGGAAACAAGUCCUCGUAUCACAGACUGAGCGAGCUCGUGGAGCACGUGUUCCCACUUCUCAAUAAGGAACAGAAUUCUGCCUUUCCAUGCCCAGAGUUCAGCUCCUUCUGCUACUGGCGAGACCCAAUCCCCAAAGUAGACCUGGAUGACCUGGCCUGAGGCAGCACCUCCAGGGGAGGUCCUCAGUCGCUCGUUUUGCAACAAGGGAAGGUGACCUGCACUUCUGCUGGACAGAGAGCACUGGGCUCCCCUCCCAGCCACUUGUGCGGGAUAAGACCCGUAUUGACAGCUGGGCAGCAGCAGGGACCAGGAGAGCUCCUGGAGCUGGAACUGCCAUCUCCUUCACCCUCCCGGGCUUAGCCCGGUUGCAACUUCGUGCCCCAGCGGAAGAAGUAAGGGGAGGUCAGACCUGAGACUGGAGACCUGGGCUCCUGUCAUUGGUCGACCCUCACACACGCUCCGUGUGGAGUUGUGUGCUGGGUGCUCCUUUAAUCGCAUAAUUUAAAAGGAAGAAAGAAGCUAAAUAAGAGUGGACCAAAAUAUUGCACAAAGUAAAGUAUUAUCAUUUCUACUGGGCAGUUGAAAGUGUUCUCUCUAAAACCAGGGCUUUCUUCAGGGUAUCAGGGUCCACCGAACUGCUACAGAGCCAGGUCGUGAUGUUGGUUCAGCCAUCCAUACACAUUUCUUCUUUGUGCUCCUCCUUCCCUGCUGCACUGAACUGGAACAGCCGCUGGGCGGAGGCCUAGGCCACGCAUCCCAUCCCCACAGACGGGGGCUUCUGGAGAAAAGCCCCUCAGAUCAUCACCUUCUCAUCUGACUGCUCCAUGAUGGGAGACCCAUAAGUUAUGUCUUGGACUAGCCAGAAGAAACAGUUUUGCGGGAUAUGUUUGAUGUUUGUAAGAACUAACAGUGGGAAUUGGUUAAACAGCAAAGAACAGCUCUGCUUUCAGGGAGGCCUUGGAAGUGCAGGUGUGUAUACUUGUGCUGGCUCUGGGAAGGGCCUUGUUCUCCGCCCUUCUGCUGGCAGCUCAGUUUCCUGGCCUGGUUAUAAUGUGCUCAUGUCAGAGUCUGAGCAGACACAUCAGGUUCUGUCCCAUAAACCCUUCCAGAGCUGGGAGACCCUGGAGCUAUCAGGCUAGGUGUUAGAAUCAAGAGAAUUGUUAGGUGGCUUUCAGGGGACCAAAAAUGACCAAACAUAGGUCUGUUGGUAAGAAGGCAGUGAGCCAGGUUCCAGAGCAGAGAGACAGCUGCGGGUCUAGGCACCACCCCGCUCGGGAUGGUUUCCAUUUCCGGCUCUGCUUUUCCCUGUACUCGUAUUGGGGGCUUUCCUCCUUUUAGUGUGCUCCACCCAAAAUAACACUAAUGUAAAUAUGGAGAAAUGGGAGUGGUUAUUUUUCCAGAUUGGAGAGUUGAAAGGCCCUGACUUAGCCGUUUUCCUAGUGCUGUUGGAUGCAGAGACCAUGGUGAAGUCCUCAAACACGGUCUCAGUGGCAGAACCUGGAGGCGUAUGUUCCCAGAGGGGGAGUGACAUACACUUCCUCCAGUGCAAACCUUCCCGCCUUAAGUAGGUCAGGGACUAGUUUAAAGAGUUUAUUUAUGUACAGUAGGUAGGGAAACUAUAGAUUAUGUUUAUGUGAAGUUCUGCCCAGGUAUUGAAUUCAGUCCCUAGUAUGGUGUCCAUGCGGUUACUUCACCUCAUAGGUGCUGUCGGUGUCCUCGACCGUGUUUGCUUUAGAAGAACAUGAGCUUCAUGCGUUUAACCAGCUUAGUUGGGCCUCUGCAUAUGUGCCGGAUGGAAAACCUUAAUAUACACUUUCUGUAUUCCUUUAUAAGUUGUUCUUUAAAGGGUUUUUGACUAGACAGUUUCUUUGUCUCUGGACUCAUGGACCUUCUUAGCAGGUCCAACCUGGGAAUCCAGGUCUGCUGGGCCUGCACUGAGGGCAGCCAGUCCCUCUGUCCCAGUGGUCCUAAGUGCUAGACUGUCAUUCCAUUGCUGCAGAUUGAUCCAAUGGGCACACUAAUUACGAGUCUUUUUCCUUAAAGGAGUCCCUCUUGCUGAAAAGUAGAUGAUUACUAUUACUGUAGUGUUACGAAAGUAUUGUUUGUGCUGAAAAUCCAUUGCCAUUUGGUACAAAUGACAUGUGUUCUUUCUGUGAAAGAGAGAUGCCCUUGAGUGUGUUUGUACACAGGUCCUUACGAUAGUGAGUAAAUGAAGACACAUUAGCUGCAUGCUGCUCUCAGAACAGUGUCACGGGGAGAUUGCAGGCAGAUUGAGCCCUUCUGAGUCAUCCUCUUGGUUGCUUCACUGCUGAAAUGGCCAUGGCCCCUUUCCCAUUUCCCAGCUCAACCUGACUUUCAUAUCUGAAGCUUGUGCACCCUUGGCAUGGACAUCUUACCAGGCAUUAGGAAGUGUACGUGUGGGCCCGAGCAUGCCCACGUAGCUCUGUGUAUGAGUACUGUGUUUGCUCUGCUUAAAAGCAUCUGCAUAGUUUUCAACUGGAAAAAGGAAAAGCUUACUACUAUGAUGUCCUAAAAUGAAAGCUGCUAACAGUCACAGGUAGAAUGGCUGGAGAAUCGCAGCUAGUCAGUGGCUGGAAGUACUUGUGCCCUGUAAGAUGGCGCAUGGCCUUCCACACGGUUCUUGAAGGUGCAGACAAGACCUUUUAAAAAUAGGUAAGUAAACUUUCUCCUUUUUUGCAAGUUGGUGAAAACAGACUUUUCCAGGGAUUUUUAACAUCUUUUCAAUAUCAUUUACUCUGGGAAGUCUUGUUUUCCCCUGUUUUAGAGCAUGCUGGGUUUAAUAAAGCUAGUUUAAAGUUGAGUUUUUAAAGUAAGUGCUCUUUCCAGGUGAAAACUUUUUUGGUUUGUUUUAAAAGUAAGAAAAGGAGAGGGAAACUUUGUUCUUUUAAUUUAAUAAUUACAGUCUAUGAUGAAGUAUUUGAUUAUUAGAUAGCGGUGCCACUAAUAAGUUUUAAGUUGUCAAAAAUUAAUUGUAAACAUCAGUCCAGUACUCUUAGUUAUGGCAAAGACAGUUGUCUUAAGAUAUGGCUCAUAUUUUGGUGCAGUGUUUGAUGUUCAAAACAAAAUGUUACAACAAUAAACAAACAUAAACCGAA